AUGUCUGCCCACUCCCUCGUGGACUUUGGCAUUAGCAAUGGGCCUCUAAAUGACAUUGACAUCUCGAUAUUCCAGCCGUUUAUCCGUCACGAGUACCUGAAAGACCAGCCCGGAGCCUCACGACCAGACCAACAACAACAACUCCAACUACACAAUGUGACGACGUUCCCCGGUCAGCCGCUUGGUACAGGUGCAGGUCCACCCUCACAGUUCCCGCUGUCGCCGCCCAUAUCCUUUUCUGAUUACGAGACGUUGCAAUCCACCACUCCGGAAGAUUGUUACCGCUCAAGCACCGUCAACUUUGGAACCCAGCCGGUGGAGGAUGAGGAGGAGGCCGGCUCAACCCAGGACUGCCAGAAGUCAGAGUGUUCAACGCUGAGCACCGUCGCGGCAGCCCCGCCCAUCAAGUGGUCCGAGGUCGUGCCAUGGAUCUCGACGAAGCCGCCCACACGCGGACGCCCGCGGGGAAGCAAACGAAAGUCAGCAGCCCAGGAUGUAGAGUCUAUAAACGCCAACAACAAUACCUCUGCCAGCCAACAACGGCCCAAAAAGAGGGGAAGGAAGCCUCGAGCCUCACGACAACCGACCUUCAAGGCCUUGGAAGCGGACGAGGACGACAAAACCGCCCUACAGGAAGCCAAGGCAGCUCACUCGGUCGUGGAGCGGCGGUACCGCGACAACCUCAACGGGAAAAUGAGCCAGCUGUACUACGUGCUGAGGGAGGUGAACUCGCCGAGCCCGCACUACUCGCGGUUGUCGAGCUUGUCCAGCGACAACGCCGCGACAGCAGCAGCUGUCCGCUCGUUCCACCCGCCGAGCAGGGUCCGCAAGUCCGAGAUCCUCAACAGCGCCAUCGACUACAUCCACCAAUCGGAAGUGGAGAUGCGGCAUAUGGCCGACGAGAUCAAGCACCUGCAGGACAAGGAGCGGACCAUCAGGAACCUCGUCAAGUGCGAGGAAUGGGCUGUGCUCAGGACGCUUGCGUUUGACAAGUGA